UAUUUCGUUACAAUGCGUAAAUCAAUGCACUUCUCAGUUUGUAUUAUUUAUUCUUUGCUGGUUGAGCGCUAGCUAAGUUACGCUAACAGCGCGGUGAAAGAAUACAACAGAGAAUGUGAUAUUGCCCGAAUGCUAUUUAACAUCGUCAGAACUGUCAAGGGAUAUAGAGAAUGGCGUCUCGGGGUAAAUCAGAAACGAGUAGACUGCGACAAAACAUGGAAGAACAGCUGGACCGGUUGAUGCAACAACUGCAGGACUUAGAGGAGUGCAGAGAAGAACUGGAUGAGGAGGAGUAUGAAGAAACUAAAAAAGAGACGUUGGAGCAGUUGAGCGAGUUCAAUGAAUCAUUGAAGAAGUUAAUGUCUGGAAACAUGACUUUGGUUGAUGAACUCGGGGGAAUGCAGUUGGCGAUCCAAGCUGCCAUCAGCCAAGCAUUUAAGACACCUGAAGUCAUUCGGCUGUUUGCUAAAAAGCAGCCAGGACAGUUGAGGACAAGAAUGGCUGAGAUGGACCGUGACGUGAUGGUUGGAAAGCUUCCUCGAGAUGUGUAUACUCAGCAGAAAGUGGAGAUCCUCACAGCUCUGAGAAAACUCGGCGAGAAGCUUACACCAGAAGACGAAGCUUUCCUUUCUGCAAAUGCCAGUGCUAAAUUGAGUCAGUUUGAGAAGGUCACAGCUAGCUUCGGAUCUGAAGAUAAAAUGAUGGCACUGGCCAGUUCUGGUGUUGGAAACGCCCAGACAUAAAGGUUAACUUCAGGUGUGGCCUAAAUUAUAUCUGUGUUUUUUAAUGUCUGUACAGCGUUUUUAAUAAUGGUUGCAAUUUCCUGCACAUUUUAUGGCUGAUUGUACUUAUGUGGGUACAAUGAAAAAAUGUUUACAUCGUUCUAAACACUUUGACAUGCUUUUAGAAUGAGCAUAUUGUCUUCAGCCAAUAACCCCUUUGGUACAAGUAUUGGAUUGUAACUACUAUGAAUUUGAAUUGUGUUUGUGAUUUUUUUUAACCAGUGUGUUGUUUGUAAAUACUUUGUAUCUGAAUAUAUUCAAUGGCUGCAUAUAAA